AUGGAUUGGCAACCUCAAGAUGAGCCAUUGAGGCAGCUGGCUGGCUGCCUUCGCGACUCUCUUAAUGCAGGCAAUCCUCAUGCCCGUGUGCAGGCUGAACAGAUGCUCGCACAGGCGACUUCGUCGCCCGACUACGUCAAUUACAUCACCUACAUCUUCUCUACUUCGCAUCCUGCUCCCGCGGGAAUCAACGCAAAUGAAUACUCCACCGUUCGAUUCGCCGCUGCGCUAAAUGUCAAGACAAAGAUUCAUCUUGCGUACAGCACUAUCUCGCCCCAGAGCUUGGUCUACAUCAAGUCCGCCGCUCUGCACACUCUCCGCGACGCUGAUCGCAAUGUCUCAAAUGCUGCCGGUACUAUUAUCACCGCAAUGGUUCUUCAAGGAGGCCUCUUGGCCUGGCCUGAGAUCGUUAAUGAGCUUCUGAAUCUUGUCGGCAAUGCCACUGGGGAUGUUCCCAUGUCAGCUCGGGAAGCUGCAAUGGACGCAAUGCUCAAGGUCUGUGAGGACAACCGCAAGGUCCUGGAUCGUGAUUAUCACGGUCAACGCCCCCUCGACAUUAUUGUCCCCAGUUUGCUUCAGUUCACUUCAAUUGAGAGUUCCCGUAUCCGGGUCGCUGCUCUCACAACAAUUCACGUCUUCUUGCCAUUCAAACCCCAGUCAUUGAUGACAUCGCUCGAUCAAUUCCUUUCGCAGUUGUUUAGUCUUGCUGGAGACCAGCAUACUGGAGUCCGACAAAUGGUAUGCCAAUCAUUCUCCCAGCUCGUGGAGACGGCGCCAGAGAAGCUGGCCCCUCACAUGGAAGGGUUGGUGAACUACAUCAUUGUGCAACAACAGUCUCAAGACGACCCAGAGCUUGCACUUGACGCUGCUGAAUUCUGGAUUGGUGCCGGAGAGCAGCAGCUGCUGAAGGCUGAAUUGGCCCCAUACAUGCCCAAGAUCAUUCCCGUCCUCCUUCAGAACAUGAUUUACGACGAGGAGGAAGUGGCUCGGCUGAUGGACGAGCAAGAUGACGCUGACACCGAGGAUCGCGCCGAAGAUAUGAAACCACAGUUUGCUAAAUCGAAGGGUGAUCGUCUGAAUGUGUCCAAACCGGGCGAACAACCAGAGGCUGUCCCAGAGCAAGAGUCAGAGGUGGACGAAGAUGAUGAUCUGAGUGAAGGCGAAAUCGAAGACUCGGAGUUCGGAGAUGAUCCUUCAGGUCAGUGGACCCUGCGUAAAUGCUCUGCCGCUGCGCUUGAUGUGUUCGCUACCGUCUACCACCGUCCUGUCUUUGAGAUCCUUCUGCCUUAUUUGACAGAGACUUUGCGCCAUGAGCAGUGGCCGAACCGAGAAGCUGCCGUCCUCACCCUGGGUGCUGUGGCGGAUGGCUGCAUGGAUGCUAUCACCCCCCACCUUCCAGAACUGGUCCCUUACUUGAUCUCACUUCUGAAUGAUGCACAGCCUGUUGUGCGGCAGAUCACUUGCUGGUGCUUAGCUCGUUAUUCUGGUUGGGCAGCUCAGCUCCGCGACCCUGCUCAGCGAGCCCAAUUCUUUGAGCCUAUGAUGGAAGGUAUUCUCCAUCGCAUGUUGGACAACAACAAAAAGGUUCAAGAAGCUGCAGCCUCUGCAUUCGCUAGUCUGGAGGAAAAGGCGGAAGAAAACCUGGCGCCCUAUUGUGAGCCUAUCUUGCGCCAGUUUGUGGCAUGCUUCCACAAGUACAAAAACCGAAACAUGUACAUUCUUUACGAUUGCGUACAGACGCUCGCCGAAUGUGUGAUGACUGAGCUGGCGAUGCCGCAUUUGGUUGAUAUCCUGAUGCCUGCCCUUAUUGGUCGCUAUAACAGCAUCGAUGAUGAUUCCCGGGAGCUCUUCCCCUUGCUUGAAUGCCUCGGAUAUAUUGCUGGAGCCUAUGGCGAUGCCUUUGCUCCAUUUGCACAGCCUAUCUUCGGUCGCUGCAUGAAGAUCAUCUACGGAAAUUUGCAGGCUUCCGUUCAGUCAGGAGGAAAUUAUCAAUUCGAUGAGCCAGACAAGGACUUCCUUGUCACCAGCAUUGAUCUGCUUAGCGCAAUCAUCCAGGCCAUCGACCCGCAGAAGAGUGGCGAGCUCGUGCGUACUUCUCAGCCGCCUUUCUUCGAACUCCUCCGCUACUGCAUGGAAGACGAGAACUACGAAGUCCGUCAAUCGACGUAUGCUUUGCUGGGAGAUUGCGCGAUUAGCAUCUUCCCGCAGUUGGAAGCCUUUGUUCCCAGCCUCGCACCGGUUAUGGUUAAGCAGCUCGACUUGGACCUGAUUCGCGAUGAUGAUCGUCACACCGGCUUUAGUGUCCUGAACAAUGCUUGUUGGUCGUGCGGUGAGAUUGCUGUCCACGAGAACGCCCCCCUUGCGCCCUACGCCGAGCAGCUUUACCAGGGGCUUGUUGCCAUCAUCAGCAACGAAGAAGUCAUCGAUUCAGUCAAUGAAAAUGCUGCAAUGGCAUUGGGACGAUUGGGAUUCUGCUGUGCGGACCAGAUCGCCCCCCACUUGAGUGAAUGUUCCAGUGCUUUCCUGAAGUCGAUGGAGAAGAUUGACUUCACGCGUGAAAAGGCUUCGGCCUUCCUCGGCUUCAACCAAGUCGUUAUGAAGAACCCUCAAGCGAUGGAAUCGAGUCUGCUUGAUUAUUUCCAGGCAAUCGCCACCUUCCCCGCUCGCUCGCUGGCACAAGAGGAGUACAGAGAUAUCCAAGUCUCAUUCCAGCAGGUACUUCAAGGCUAUAAGAACUUGAUUCCUGACUUCAACAACUUCCUCAGCCAACUCCCCCAGGCUGUGGCCCAGACACUUCGCACAGUGUACCGGGUCUGA